AUGGACCAGAAUUAUCCGCAUUCAGCAGCAGGGAAAGAGCCGCUCUUGCUGCAGCAACCCACUACCGAAGAUGAUAAUCAGAAGAAAACGAACUGUGGAUUCUUGUUGCGCAUCGUCGCCAAAUGGGUUCUGAGGACGACGAUGUGGGCCAUCUUCGUCGCCUGGGUGGCGAUCUUGUACAUCUUCCCUACCCAAUUGGGCGAUUCCCUCUACGACAAGUGGAAUCUCCUCACCGAGAAGUCUUUCUUCGGCAUCACAGGCGGCAUCUUGUUGCUGGCGAGCGGGCCGAUAAUGGCGAUUGCAGUUCUGGCCGUUGCCCAUCUGAUUCUGGUUUCUGGGGAAGAUGAAUUUUACCCAAGGAAACAGAACAGUACUAGGAAGUACCCAAGAGCACAGUUGUGGACAUUCCCGCUCAUCGUCGGCGGACCACUCGGCGUCGUUUCAGCCGCCGAGCUCAUCGGGGUCGUGCUCUUCGUCGGCUACAUCCUAUGGGCUCUCUACUUCUUCACCGUCCGAAACCUCGCCGAUCUAUCCACCUUCAAGCUCACUUCCGCGCAGUUCUGGUACACGGUCUCCACCUCCAUCAAAUUUCUUGGACUUCAUUGGAGUGAUUAUGUAUAUAUGAUCAUUGAGAGCUUAAUUACUUGGGGCACAAACAAUUAUGGCGUACGUGGCAGCAUCCAUCUGAUGGAGCUCACCGGGCUCCGGUUGGCGGUGAUCGGGUUGUUCUGCUUGGCAUUUCUGUUCCUACCCAUCGCCAGAGGCUCCGUGCUGCUUCGCCUGAUCGACAUCCCGGUCGAGCACGCGACGAGGUACCAUGUGUGGUUAGGACAUGUCACCAUGCUCCUGUUCACUCUCCAUGGCAUCUUCUACGUCGUUGGAUGGGCUCUCCAGGGCGAGCUCCUGCAGGAGAUCUUGGGGUGGAAGGAUGAUGGGAUAUCAAACCUGGCAGGAGUGAUUAGCCUCUCGGCCGGUCUAAUCAUGUGGGUCACAUCCCUUCAGCCAGUCAGGAGAUGGAACUUUGAGCUGUUUCUCUACACACAUCAGCUGUACAUUGUGUUUGUGAUCUUCCUCGCGUUGCACGUCGGCGAUUUCAUCUUCAGCAGAGCUGCUGGUGGGAUAUUUCUGUUCAUGCUCGAUCGAUUCUUGAGGUUCUGUCAGUCUAGGAACACUGUUGAUGUCGUCUCGGCUAAAUGCUUCCCCUGUGGCACUGUUGAAUUGACCCUCUCCAAACCUCAAAGUCUGAGGUACAAUGCACUGAGUUUCAUCUUCAUUCAAAUCCGGGAGCUUUCCUGGCUACAAUGGCAUCCGUUUAGUGUGUCAUCCAGUCCAUUGGAUGGCAAGUAUCACAUCUCAGUUCUCAUCAAAGUUCUUGGCGGGUGGACUGAUAAGCUUAAAGAGAGGAUUGUGACAACGAGCUCAGCUGAUGAAGAUGAUCCAGAGGGAGCAAUACGUAUGGACCGAAAUUCCAAGCUAUGCAGGAAGCUAACAGCUUCUGUCGAAGGUCCAUACGGUCACGAGUCACCAUACCACUUGAUGUAUGAAUACCUUGUUUUAGUAGCAGGAGGCAUAGGGAUUUCGCCUUUCAUGGCGAUUCUGAGGGAUGUCUUCCAUCGUCUUGAUGAAGGAAGACCCUGCCUACCAAGAGAGAUUUUGCUAGUCUGGGCUGUGAAAAAGUCUGAAGAAAUCGGGCUUCUUUCGACCAUCAAUUUGGACUACUUGCGUUCUGACAUCUUUGACAGGCUUAAUUUACACAUUCAGAUUUAUGUCACCCGAGAAUCGGAUCCUCCUUUGGUAAAGCUGCAGCCAUACCUCAACAUGUCGUGUGAUGAAGCACUGCAGCCGCUAAUGAUUCUCUUCACUUCACUGCUCAUUUUCAGGAAGAAGGCAAAGUAA